UUGGUCCAGAUUAACUUAUUUUUCUUCGAUAAUUUAUGAAUAAUACUAAAUUUAGUCUGUAAAAAUGCUUCUAGCUGUUGUGAGUGUAUAUUUAUUCUAGAAAUACAUAUUGAUCAAUAAUUCAAGUUCAGUCAUCUGCAACUAAAUAUUAAUUUCGUAUGUUCAUUACUAUUUGUUCAAUUUGUUUGUAAUUAGUGCGUGUUUAAAGCGAUAUGUCGUUUUCUACGGCUAAAAGAGAUAACGCUCGCACUGGGCAAAAAGUUCAGGUGCCCGAUGACUUACGCGAUUUAUUAUUGGAAUUCACUAUAAGCUACUUAUUAGAACAACCGGGCGAUAUUGUUAAUUACGCUGUACAAUUUUUUACGCGGAUGCAAGAAAAUCGAACAUCGACAGUGGGUGCUUCUGUAAUGCCUUCCAGUCCAGAAGAAUCUAUUAUAUCACAAGAAGAAGAACCGCCUGUCGCCCGCUUUAAUGUUCGCCGUAAGAGUGUAUUUGCUGAAACUUAUAAUCCAGAAGAUGAUGAUGAAGAUGAAGGCACGAAAUGUAUUUUUCCAAAAUCAGAUGAACAGCGAGCUCGCCUUGCAGAAUCUGUCAGAAAUAUCCUAUUGUUCCGAGCACUAGAUAAAGAACAAAUGCAAGAUGUUCUUGAUGCUAUGUUUGAAAAGAAAGUUGUUGCUGGUGAUUAUAUAAUACAACAAGGAGAUGAUGGAGACAAUUUUUAUGUUAUUGAAAAUGGUGUGUUUCAAGCAUUUGUUAAAACUGAUCAGUCCAAUGAGCCAAAGUUAAUUCACACUUAUGAAAAUUCGGGAAGUUUUGGAGAAUUGGCUUUGUUAUACAACAUGCCUCGUGCAGCAACCAUACAAGCUUUCACAGAUGGGGCAUUAUGGGCUAUGGAUCGUCUUACAUUCAGACGUAUAUUGCUCAAAUCUGCUUUUAAAAAGAGAAAGAUGUAUGAAGCACUUUUAGAUUCUGUACCAAUGUUAAAAACCCUUCAGCCAUACGAAAGAAUGAACUUAGCUGAUGCACUUGUACCAAAAACAUAUUCAAAAGGUGAUUUGAUUAUAAAGCAAGGAGAUGUUGCUGAUGGCAUGUAUUUUAUUGAAGAUGGGAUUGUCAAUAUAACUAUACUUGGUGAAACCGGAUCAGAAGUGGAAAUAAAUAAAGUAGGAAAAGGUGGUUAUUUCGGGGAAUUAGCUUUAGUCACUCAUAGGCCAAGAGCAGCUUCAGCCUAUGCUGCUCAGGAUUUAAAAUUGGCAUUUUUGGAUGUGGAGGCUUUCGAACGACUUUUGGGACCUUGUAUGGAUUUGAUGAAGCGAAAUAUCGAUGAUUAUGAAGAUCAGUUGCUAAAAAUAUUUGGUUCCAAAACCAAUAUAAGUGAUGUGCGAUGAACAAUCAAAUAUUCAUAUACCAAAGAUAACAAUUGCCAUAGACUGUAGUAGAUUAUAAACGAGUAUGCUAUCUGAAUGCUGGAGUCAUAAUGUGCUAAGGUAACACACUGAUAAAGAAAGGAUUCACUCAUGUGUCCUA